AUGCAAUAAAAACAUAAAAAGAAUUAGGAAAUAAUCUCUGGAUAGACAUUUGAUAUUUCAAUUCUAGUUAAAAAUGAUUAAAAAGGGUUACUGAAAAAUGUUAGAACAUAUAUCUAAAGUAAUCAAAGUGUUUUAGAAGCUAAUAUUACUUUGAAUCAUACAGAGUAGAAAUAUGUAGGCCUAUACAACUUCUCUGUAUUCUAUCAAAUCUCUGAUCCAAUCAACUAGUUCAAUUAUAUUUAAAAUGACUUCAUUGUGAAUAUUAUAAAUCCUUGCAAUGACGAAUUCAAAGUCUUAACUGAGCCUGUAUUUCCAAAAGUAAGGUAGAAAAUAUUUGAUCCAUAAUAAGAAAUCGAAUUUUCCAAACUAGAACUAGCACCAUAUCGGGUAUGCUAUAAUUAGACAGUAAAUAUUAUUAAAAAAGGAUCGCUACAACCAGUCGAAAGUUUAAUAAACCAAGCUAAGAUUGGUUAGUUUAAUAUUACUAUUAAAUCUGAUUAAGCUGAAGAAAUAGGAACAUACUAAUACUAAGUUAUAUACAACAUUACAUCGGAAAUAAGUGAAGUAAUUCCUAAGAUACUAGCCUAUGAUCUAGAAGUAGAAAUUUAUGGAGAUGCCAAAGUAUACAUUUCAAACAACACUGCUCCUUACUUCUUAUCACCAAUACCUUCUUAUGAAUUAUAAGUAGGAUAGAGAAGAGAAAUAGAUAUGCCAGAAAUAAAAGAUGACUAAGGAGAUAACUGCCAGUUAACUUAUCAAUCUAAAAUGGAUGGCUUAUUUUUAAAGAUUGACAAAAAGAAAAUGAUUAUAAAUGCCAUAUAUAUUGUGGUAGGAAUAUAAGAAGUAAUUGUGAAGCUAUUAGAUGACAAUCCAUUCCCUCUUUCAGCUAAGUUUAAGUUCACUAUAACAAUUUCUCAAAAUACCACCAAUUAAUACGAAUCUGUCAUUGUAUAAAAUACUGAUAUCUACUAAGAAUAUAAAUAAAGUCUGAAAAUUUAGAGGAUUGGAGUGAUCAAAGCUAAAAUUACUUAGAUAACUAAUACAGGGCUUGUUACCAUUAUAUUUGAUUAAAACCUCUAUGAAUUGCUAAAGUUUACUCAAAAGAUAUAAGAAUCAAUAAACAUAUCUCUUGAUUAUUCAGAUAGUUCAUCUGAGUAAAGCUAAAACUUUAUAGUACUAUCAUACUCAAACAGGGUGAUGACAAUUUAAAUGCUAUUUUAGAGUAUUCAAAACAUAUCAAAAUACAGAGUAAAUAUUUUAAUUAAAUGUUAAAUUUAGGAAUGGGACACAUUGAUUGUCAAGUUUAAUUAUUACUUUAUCUUUUAUGACACCAGCUAGAAAUUAAUGAUCAAUAAAGGAUACCAAAUAAAGGGAUACAUCCCUCCUUAGAUAUCAUCAGGUCUUAAAGACUUUUAUGAUAGUAUUGGAUCAGCAAGCUCAAUUACGGUAUCUAGUUUUAUGGGUACUAAUCUAUUUAUCAACAUAUUAAUGUAUCGCUAUAUGAAUUUAACUAUUAUAGGUCUCAGAGUGUCCAACUACUAUGGGGAAUGA